UUGCCGCUGCUGCUGAGGAAGGUGAGCAGCUGCCCUGCCGCGUGCUGACAUGAUGACAGCCAGCCAGGCAGGCGACGUGAGCAGCAAGCCUGAAAGCAGUCUCUGCCAGUCUGGUGAGAGGAUCAAGCUUGCGGAUAAAAACAAGACAGCAGCUGGGAGGGAGCCACAAAGCCCGUUUGCGUUUUCCAGUGAGAGAUGUUCUGAGGGCGCUUCUGCCAGCCCGAAUUUAACACCUGAAGCUGAACCAGUUUCUUCUGCGGUGAAGAACCCACUGGGAGCCUUGGAGAACUUGAUGCUGGAUCCAAGGCUAGACUGCUUCCAGCAGAACAUGCUUAGUCCCAAAAUGAUCAUCAGUGACCCAUCUGUGGACCUGAAUGUUAAAGAAAACAGUAAAAUCAUCAGGAGGCAGAUAGGAGGCACUCAGAACAUAUGGUCACCUGGAAAAAUUGGCUUGAGGAAUAAGUCCUUCAGCAUCAAAGACAAAAUCUCAGAAUGGGAAGGGAAAAAGGAAACACCUUGUGCUCCUGCCACUCGCAGAGAAGAGGAGCAAGGAGUUAAAGAGGAGCACAGGGUACCCUGUGUAAUUGAGAAGACAAGUGGGACAGCGUUUGUGACUCGUAAAGUGGAGACCAAGAGACUUCUGAACCAGGAACUAGAGUGCAAAAGGAUGGGCAAAGAGAACGAGCAGAAAGUAGGAGCUCUGAAAGGCAUGGGGCAGGGAACAGAACGAAGGGGGGAAACAGAGAAGGAUGAAGAAGUGGAGCCCAGUGUUGGAAAAUGCAAAGAGGUAAAGAGUGGGAAAUGGGAGGUCCAGAAGGAGAAUCUUUCAGUGCUCAGCCAGGUGAAAAAGCUGGAGCAGGCUUUGAAGGAUGGCUCAGCAGAGCUGCAGCCUCAGUUGCCGGGUACUUACUACUCCCCUCAGUGCCUGCAGGAGAAGGCAGCACAAGUACCCGCUAACCCUGAUGGCCAUGAGAGCACGUACGGAGCUGAACUCAACAAAAGGCUCCUUGGCUUGGACUCGGAAAUCAGUGAGCCAAUUUUUGGGACUUUAGAAGAGGUAAGAACUUCUCAGGCGAAGCACAAAGACUGCACUGUGGAGAAUGUGUACACAGAGCCAGGAGUCCCAGAGAAGAAACCCUUCAUAAACCCGUUGCCAAAGCCCCGUCGGACUUUCAAACACGAGGGGGAAGAGGACUGGGUGCCAACAACUCGGAAUAAAAGAAACCUACCCCCUCUGCCGUCCAUUCCUCCCCCUCCUCUCCCUUCUUCUCCUCCCCCUUCAGCCGUCAGCAGAAGGCUCUGGAAUGGAAAGCACAAGAACAACGCCGACCACAGGAAGUCGUACGAGUUUGAAGACUUGCUGCAGUCGUCCUCGGAGAACGGCAGGGUGGACUGGUACGCGCAGACCAAGCUGGCCCUCACACGCACUUUAUCUGAGGAGAACGUCUACGAGGACAUCCUGGAUCCACCAUCAAAGGAAAACCCCUACGAAGACAUUGAGACCAACAGCCGCUGUUUGGGGAAGAAAUGUGUCCUGACCUUCCCAGCAUCGCCCACCUCCUCUGUACCUGGCACCCCCACUAAGUUGCUUUCCAAGCCCAUUUUUUUCCGACAAAGCUCAGAGCGGCGGAGUUUCAAACUGCCAGAUAUUCGGAAACUAAACCGUGAUGGGACUGGGUCACCAUCCAAAAUCAGCCCUCCCUCAACCCCCAGCAGUCCAGAUGACACCUUCUUCUCCCUGGGAGACCCUCAGAAUGGCAAGAGGAGAAGGAAGAUUCCCAAGCUUGUAUUGAAAAUCAAUGCUAUUUAUGAGGCACGGAGGGGAAAGAAACGUGUCAAGAGACUAUCGCAGUCUACAGAGAGCAAUUCAGGGAAAGUUACAGAUGAAAACAGUGAAUCAGACAGUGAUACUGAAGAGAAGCUGAAAGCUCACAGCCAGCGCCUGGUGCAUGUGAAGUCUCGCCUGAAGCAAACCCCGCGGUACCAAACCUUGGAACGGGACCUCAUUGAGUACCAGGAGCGGCAGCUGUUUGAGUACUUUGUCGUGGUGUCGCUGCACAAGAGGCAGGCCGGGGCUGCCUAUGUCCCUGAGGUUACCCAGCAGUUCCCAUUGAAGCUUGAACGCUCCUUCAAAUUCAUGCGUGAGGCGGAAGACCAGUUGAAGGCUAUUCCCCAGUUUUGCUUCCCUGAUGCUAAGGACUGGGCCCCCAUCCAGCAAUUUGCCAGUGAGACGUUCUCCUUUGUCCUGACUGGGGAAGAUGGGAGCAGGCGGUUUGGAUACUGUAGGAGGCUGCUGCCCACUGGGAAAGGGAAGCGUCUCCCAGAAGUUUACUGUAUUGUAAGUCGUCUUGGAUGCUUCAACCUGUUCUCUAAGAUCUUGGAUGAGGUUGAGAAGAGACGGGGCAUUUCGCCAGCCUUGGUGCAGCCCCUCAUGAGGAGCGUCAUGGAGGCACCUUUCCCAGCUUUGGGCCGCACGAUCACAGUCAAGAACUUCCUGCCAGGCUCAGGGACAGAGGUAAUAGAGCUGCGGCGGCCUCUCGACUCCCGGCUGGAGCACGUUGACUUUGAGUCCCUGUUCGCGUCCCUCAGCGUGCGGCACCUGAGCAGGGUCUUCGCCUCCCUGCUCCUGGAAAGGCGGGUGAUCUUCGUGGCAGACAAGCUCAGCACCCUCUCCAAGUGCUGCCACGCCACGGUGGCCCUGCUCUACCCCUUCACGUGGCAGCACACGUACAUCCCCGUGCUGCCGCCCUCCAUGAUCGACAUCGUGUGCUCGCCCACCCCCUUCCUCAUCGGCCUGCUCUCCGGCUCGCUGCCCCGCCUCCGGGAGCUCCCGCUGGNNNAGGUCCUUGUGGUUGACCUUGUAAAUAACCGGUUUCUGAGACAGAUGGAAGAUGAGGACUCCAUCCUGCCUCGGAAGCUGCAGGCCGCCUUAGAGCACAUCCUGGAGCAGAGGAACGAGCUGGCAAGCGACAAGGAGGAGGGCUCUGUAAAUGGCAAGCAGGAGUCCAGCCCUCUGAACGAGGUUGUGUCCGAGGCCUUCGUGCGUUUCUUCGUGGAGAUCGUGGGCCACUACUCCCUCUUCCUGACGCUCAACGAGCGGGAGGAGCGGACGCUGCAGCGCGAGGCCUUCCGCAAGUCCGUCUCCUCCAAGAGCCUCCGGCGCUUCCUGGAGGUUUUCAUGGAGACGCAGAUGUUCGGGGGCUUCAUCCAGGAGCGGGAGCUGCGCAAGCAGGGGGUCAGAGGUCUGUUUGAGGUACGGGCUCAGGAGUACCUGGAAACACUUCCCAGUGGGGAGCAGAGUGGAGUCAAUAGGUUCCUGAAAGGACUGGGCAGCAAAAUGAAAUUCCUCCACAAAAAAUAAGACUGAAGCAUGUGCUCGUUCCAUAGAAGAGAAGGGUUUUUACCGUUCAACAGCAACAAAUCGGACCGUUACCAGUC